UUGUAUCGUAAUAAAAGAAUUAUUGGGUGAUGUUGUCUCGUUCACGGCAGGGAAAUAUGGAAUCUUGUCAAUGGCUAUCACGGCGGUUUGAAAAUCUGCCUUAAACUCUAGCACUGAAUGUUGGAGAAAUACAAAGUACUCGGUGAAAUGGAUUUAUUCUCAUGGAUACUUUGGAUUACAAUAACUGGACUGAAGACUUCACUGGCGCAAAUGUACGACGACCGAUUUGCUGAUGACAUAUCUGAAUGUAGAACUGACAGUCAUGAAGUCUUGCACGACCCAGCCAGACGCGUCCUGGAGACUGUACCACUCGGAGGACAUACGGGAACUCUAUGUGAUUCGACCCUGACACCAGGAUGGUACAGGUUUUCCCUCGAUGGAAGAGCAGCCGAUAUGGCGGGCGAAUGCACGCUGCCUAACCAAUGUGGAACAUCGACCCCAAUCUGGCUUCGCGCCAAAAAGAACGAAUCAAUCGAGACAUAUGACGACAGACCUGUGUUGCCAGAGAAACACCAAUCAAAAUCCAUCAUGGCUUGUGUAUCUGUCCAAUCAGAUUGCUGCGCUCAUCUUGUGCCAGUUCAAGUCCGGAACUGCGGGGAAUACUUUGUUUAUUUCCUGUGGAUAACAAAACCUGUGAAGGAAGCUGUAGCUUGCCCUUCCUUCUGUGCGGAGAGCAAGGCUGCAACAACAAGAAAAGGACGGAAUGUUGGCCCCAGAAGCUUGCACGGAUCAUCACCUCGGGUGUCUUCAACAGAUCAGCGGGUUCAAGGAGGGUUUCGACUCCGCUGUACGUACGAUAAACCAUCGAGGCCAGAAAUCGCAAACCAAGCGUUGUAUAGAAUUACUUGGACGAUCACGCAACAUGGGACAAAGGAAUUAUUCCACGCUGACGAAACGACUGAGACAUUUUCUGAAGCAACUGUCGUCAGAAUUGACGUCACGGUCACGUGUUCAGUGAGAAUUGUCGACAGAAGAACCCCAACGUCUGAGCUGCAAGGCGUGGAAGAAAGCGCCGGAUUCUAUAUUGGAUUAAAGAUGCAACCACAGGUUAUAAGUAUACGAGAAGGUGAAACGCAAACUGUAACAGUAACAUCCUCAGUACCGUUUCCAUGCCAACUGGAAGAUCGAGGCAACUGUGUUAUGAGGGUUUUCUUGGCUGCGAGAAACUUAGAUUCUAAGGACAAUCUACCUCCAAAUGUAAUGAUUACUGGAUGCUCUGUUGCCAUCUCGCGGAUAAGCUGUCAGGAAGGAGUUUGUGGAAAAGGGAAAUUUGAGAUUUCCGGAGUCCAGGACUUUGCAAAUGACGGGACACGAAAAACUCUGGUUGAAACUAUCCCGAUACUGGCCCACGAUGCUGCUUGGGCUGGCUAUGAUGCCCCAGACGUCGAGGUCACAAUCACGGAUGUAGAUACGUCACAAUGUUAUUCAUAUACUGACCCGCAUAUUGUGACACUAGAUGGAGCACUAUACGACUUACACACGACAGGAACGUUUGUGAUGUAUGAGUCAACGGAACGAGACUUUAAGUGCUAG